AUGUCCGUAUCAAGUCUGAAACGCCCUGCUUCUGUCGAGGCGAGUAAAGCACCGUGUCCCCGCUCAAAGGCCAAAGCCUCGACCCCAAACAGCAUUGGCCAAUGGUCAACAACACACCAGGCGUCAAGAAAGGCCUCGGGAUGGGGAAAGGACAAGCCAACAACUGGCAAGCAGACCAACCGACCAAGCCUCUCCGAAAGAACUUCUCCUGCGAGACCUAGUCAGAAGAUAACAGAACGGAACUCCGGUGCUGCAGGACGACAUCGCCUCGACACAAAUGCUCCGACCCAUCCGUCACAUAAACCAAGUGCCAACAUCAAACAUGAAGAUGACAGUCUAGAGACUGCCAGGGGGUUCGAGACUUCAGAGGAGGCCGCGGAUACUACCAGCCAUUGCUCUUCAUUGUUCGAACCCUACUCCAGGUCGACUUUCACGCCUGAUAUGACCCCAGGCGACCUGGGCACAGAGGAUUAUGCAAUCUAUAGACAGCCUUUUCAGCAGGCUCGUCAAGGCUUGGGAUCCAUUCAGGAUGCCUUUAUUGCUCAAGGAAGGAAAAUAAAAGAUUUAAAUGAAAGGCUACAGCAGUUUCCUACUAAGAAGGAUAUGGAUCAACUCCAGUCAAAGAUUCGGGGCCUUGAAGAGAGGCUCCGAAGGGAGUCCAGUGUUAGGAGCCGGAUGGAAGCGGAAGAAGUGUUUAAGAAACUGCUGAAAGAAGAGAGACCUCGAUGGGAGACCGAUCUCAGAAACCAGACCCGAGAAGUGAUUGGGGAAUUGCUGAAAGAAGAGAGACCUCGAUGGGAGACCGAUCUCAGAAACCAGAUCCAUCAGCUUCAACUUACCGGAAGUAUCUGUGGUCACCAUAACAGCGUUGAGGGCGGUAAACAAAAGGGCUAUGAUGAAAAGCCAGAGACUCUCAGUACAGGCGCAGCCGAUUCUGAAGUCAGCACCCCACCAACGGUUGACGAAAUAGUACAUGUGUCUGAGCCACAGCAAGAGCUGGGAAUGUUGAAAAAGAAAUACGGCGAACUUGCAUUGGAAAAUUACCAAACACCCCAUACGAUAUUACGCCUUAAGGAGGAAAUCAAGAAGCUCGAAAUUGAGAAUACCAGGUUGAAGGAGGAAAUCAAUAGGCAGCAGAAUGGAGACUCGCGACUGGUCCGCGGUAACUCCCCAGACCUCCAGGCCGCACUCUUCGACGCCAUACAAACCGUCCUGCAGAACUUCUCAGGCCUUCAAGCCACUCCACAAAAUCCUCAGCAACCCCCCCCGCAAAAUGACGUACAACAUGCCCCGAAUAUUGCACAAGCCACUGACAAGAAUGGAGACGAUGAAGCUUCCUCUCCCCCGGAACCGGACAACAAGAUGCUGCAAGAAAGUCAGUCGUCCUACCUGGUUCCCCUCGUGACUGAGACUCCUCUAGAAUCUCCAGGGCCCCUAGGGUUACCGGAAUCCCCAGGGUCAUCGAACGCCCUAGGAGAGAUAGAGCCCCUAAGAGAAUCAGAAUCCCCCACAGAGCCAGAUCUCACGGAAGAACGAGCACAACCAGAACAACCAGAGGCAGCAAAAGAAGCAGAAGAAGCAGAAGAAGCAGAAGAAGCAGAAGCAGAACCCCCAAAAGAGCUAGAACUCCGGGGAGAACCAGCAGAACUAGAACAGCCAGCGGAACUAGAACAACCACCAGAACUAGAACAACCACCAGAACUAGAAUUCUCAGGAGAGCUAGAAUCUCCUGCACUACCUGGACCCAUAGGAUCAUCAGAACCCCUAGGAUCACCACCACCGCCUCCUCCUACACACCGUCGAUCCCAGGACAGCGGUGGCAGCAAACCACCAAUCGGUGGUGGCACUCGGGAAAGAAAGCCGAAACGGGCCAGAGACCAGGUCGUAAAACCUUUCCUCUCAAGGAAAAAAGGAAGCUUGGAAGAUGUGUAA